GCCAUGCAAAGAAGCGGCGCGGCAGGCAAGGCCCCCUGUCACGGCCCGGCUUGUGCCUCCGCAAAGCCAACAUCUCGAUUCUCGACCCGCUUGAGAGAGAAGCAGCUGAGGUUGCGGAAUGGAAACAUUAUAUCGUCAAUCUGAGGCACACUCAAAUAUCUCCUUUACAGUAGCCACGUGUGGCAUACAGAGAGUUCUGAUGCUGCAAACCUCAAACCUGGCGGGCGACUUUACAAAGUAACUCCUCCGUCUCUGCUUCAUGGUUGUUGUCAAUUGGAGGUGUGCGCCAAGCGGAACGAUCGCCCCCUGUUUCUCGAGCGCAGCUCCACGUUCGGCUCCGCAACUCACCGGAUUGCCAGCCAACAAACCACGGCCCGCGCAGGGGUGCCAGCAGAUCGAUUGAGCGCCGCAGACUCGAAGCAAGCUCAUGGCUCCGAGCCCGCCUCCCAUUGAACCCCCAGGGACUCGGCCAACACCGCUCGUUGUUACGCCAGACGACAGCCACGGCGAGCCGUCCUUCCGGUUCACUUGCGACGACUACGAUCGCGAUUGCGACCGGCAAAAUACUGACCCGCCACUCGCCGGUUCACCGGAGCCCAGCCCAGUUCUCGCGGCAUCACCCCGAAGCAGUUCUCCUGCCUUCCUCCAUCCCCACCACUCGACAUCUUUGCGACCUCCGAGUCCUGAGCCCGCUUUCACCAUGACGACCGAAGACGGGACUGCGAAUAACGGGGGCUCUACCCCUAAGAAUCCGUUCAACUUCCAGACCCAGUUCAUAUCUACCGGCCCAGUCAGGCCUAAUAUUGGCCAACGACGGGGCCAUCGGUAUAAGCACAGCUCGAUCAGCGCGCAGCACCAGAUCUUCCAGGAACCGCCUCCACGACCACCUCCAGUCCUCCCGGCCUCCCUUCCCAUCCCAACCCUUAAAGAAGCUUGGGCGAGCAUGCAGAGUGGUCAACGCGCGCGCCUCUGGUGGUGCUGCUGCCACGCCGUGGUCGCCAUGUAUGUCUUCUUCAGCGCCGAAGGCUCCCUCGCCAUGACAGCCCUCUCCCACCUCGUCUUCUUCGAUGUUGGCUCGGCCGCCGUUUGCGUGGCAGUUGACGUGCUGGGCAACUUCGAGGUCUGGCGGCGCUCCAGCAUCCGGCACCCUUUCGGUCUGCAGCGCGCCGAGGUCCUCGCCGGCUUCGCCAUGUCCGUCUUCCUCGUCUUUGGGGGGUUCGACCUCAUCUCGCACAACCUCAAGCAUUUUCUCGAGACCGUCGGCGACCACGCGCCGCACCACCCCGCAUCAUCGACCACAGCAACUAGCCAUUCGGGCGGCGCGGUGCAUCUCGACGGUCAUGGCCACGCUCAUGGCGUGCGCUACAUCCCCCCGGGCACCGUUGACUUCACUAGCCUGGCAGCCGUAGUCAGUACGCUCGUGAGCGCCUACGGCCUGCGCAAUCACGGGCGCAUCCGGCGCGUCAUGCGCGUGCCCUUCCCCUACCUCGCGCGCCUCCUGCCCGGCGCCGGCAUCCUCGCCAACCCCUUCCACUUCCUCACCCUCUGCUUCUCCUUCAUCAUGCUGCUGCUCCCGCUCCUCAGCAUCCCCCUUUUUGUCUGGCUCGACCGCCUGAUCUGUGCGGCCAUCGCCGCCAGCAUGUUUGUGCUGGGCACGCGCCUCGCCGUCGCUCAGGGGCUGAUGCUACUGAUGAGUUAUAGCGACUUGCCCUCGUCAACUGCCACGGCCAAACCGAGCAGUAGCGGCAGCGGCAGCAGCAACAACAAUAACAACACAAUCGCCACCACCAUCAAGUCGGCGCUCGUCUCGGACGACCAGAAGAAGACGGACGGUGACGUCGGCGGCAGCGGCAACGCGACCACGUCCGUGUCGUCCGUCAUCCGCGAGAUCGAGUCGCAGCCGCAGGUCGCCAAGGUGGAAGAGGCGCAGUUCUGGGAGGUGCACUACGGGCUGGCCAUGGCCAACCUCAAGGUGCGGCUGGCCCAGGGGUGCAGCGGAAACGACGACGGCAUGCUGAGCCAGCUGCGGUCCCGGCUGGCUCGCGUCGUGCAGAACCGGCUCGCCGGGGAGGGAGGGUACGGGCGGGGCGGGACCCGAAGGUGGGAGGUCACUGUGCAGACCUGUAGCAGCAGUGACGGGUAGUUCUUCACACUAUAUGAGCAGAUACAUAGCUGAAUGGCAAGACCAUUUG